AUGCUAGGCGGUCCGGCGUUGACUUUGAUCGUUCAGUCUCAUAAACUAGUUGCAAAUCUAUCGAAGUCACUCACUGCAUGCUUUCUCACCGUGCUGCCGAAAUUCACAUUCUCAUGCAAGGUCACGACCCGACAAGAUACCAGGUGGACAAGUAUGGUCAUGCACUGUCAGGUCUUUCGAUCAGUAGCACGAAGUGAGUUGGGGUCUUUAGCAGACAAAUACACUAUGGUAUCCGGGUGCCCCGUUUCAAAUGAAGUUCAACUUAAUCACUACACUGCCUCCGACCGAGUUUUCACUUCCGUACUGACGAUGUCAGCUCGACUAGUGAUGAAACGUUUGCAAUCCAAAUGCCAAGCUUGGCGAACAGACCAACAGUCAAUCAGCUCACCCGAGCUACCCAUAUUCCACAACAUUGCCAAUUCACCAGUGUACAUGGCUACCCCACAAAAACUUUG